CAGAAAAGCAGAAGAGGUUGCAUCUGCCAGGAACAGCUUGCCAAAAGCAGUGUGUGUCUGUCCCGCCUGUCCCUGCACAAACGGGAGGGGAUCAAACGGCCUUUCAGAUGCAGGAAGACCUCGUGAAAAACAAUUUCUUUUUGCCUUCUGGAUAUUCAUCUCUGGUUGCUUUCUUACAGCCUUUUGACCUUACCAUGGGCUCUAAUCUAAAAGUCAUCUUCCUGUUUCUUUGGUUGCUUCACUACGGAGGAGGAGAUGUCAGCGUACAGCAGAAACCUCUAAUCCAGGUUGCACUGCUUAAGGAAAAAGUAUCCAUCCCCUGUGAAGUCAUCUUCCCAUACACACUGAAAUACACCAGAUUUACAAUCUUCUAUUACUGGAUUAAUGCAUGGGACCAGGAAGUAUCCAUCUGUAAUAAGAAAGAACAAGUAGAUAUCCCUCCUGGAAAAGAGAAUAGGACUGCCAUCAAAUCUUACAAUCACGAAACAAAGCCGCUUGAAAGCACCUCUUCUACUGGCACAUACUACUGCAAAGUCCAGUGGAAUGACAUCCAGAUAAAGGGAAAGGGAGUGUUUGUCCUUGUUAGAGGUACAGGAUAUGCACAGACCUCUCAUGGGCGAGAAAUUCUCAUUACCUUUACCACUCUUCUGGCUGCACUGAGCAUCGCCGCAACAGCUCUGCUAGUGUGGAAAAGAAAGAUAUUGUGUCCUAAAAAGAACCAACUAAAUAUCAGGAGACAGCAGACAGAAACUCAGCCUCCUUCAUCAAGCCCACCACCAUCUUCUCCUGUUUAUGACUGCCUGGAUUCGCAGCAAGUUGAGGUCUACUCUGUCCUCAAGAACAACACAAAGAUCCCAGAACACAGAAAAAGUCUUCCAGGCAAGCCCCACUGAAAGAGGAAAAUGGGACGUGACAUCCACUCGCCAGCUGGGCUGCACAUGUAGUGUAUGUUCCUGCUUCUGACAGAACCCCUGCUCCUUCAGUGUUACUGAUUCUGGCAGUCCUGGCUUUAUGCAGAUGCUUUGCUGAAAGGUGUUGAGAAGUUUGGCAUUACUCCCUCUAAAUGGCCCAGAUAUUCAUGGAGGGUUGGCCAGAUGCUGCCCUCCACUAUUACCUUCUCCAGAUUGUUUAGGCAGCCAAGAAGUCCUCCAUUACAGAAGAAUCUGUGCACUAGGGGCAGACUUGGGACACAGUUUUACUCUGGCUGGCAUUAAGCACCUGCAAGAUUAAGCACCUGGUAAAAGAAGGUAAGAUGGCCUUAACAGAGGCAGGAAAAGGCAGUAUGGCUACGUCUUGGAUCUUCUUGCUCGGCUGAGAGUUACGAGUUAGAGACAGGGAACUGAAUCCACUCAUAAUGAAAGUAGCUUGGAAUAUGCAGGCAUGGAUCAAUUGUGGGGGCCGUAUGGUGUAGACUGGAGGCCCACACAGCCCUGCACCCUGCCCUUAGCACAAGUAUCAGAUGUUUCUAAGGACAAAACCCCAGGGAACGCUUCCUUCCUGCCCUCAGAUCUUUGUUGUUCAUUUCCCCUCCAGAACUCUUGUCUACUUAAAAAGUAGAUUCACUCUUCUAACACUGGAAAAUUUUUCUGAAAAAUGUCUCCUGCUUCUCCCUCUGAUGUCCUGCUGCAGAGCAUUCUGCAGGUUAACUAUGCAGUUGGUGCCUGCAGCCAGCUUCACCUGGCACCAUCCCUCUGUUUCAUGAAGGAAGGACAGUAUUGUCCAGUGUCUGAAGCACUGUCACAAAUCCAGUGGUACAGAACCAAGUGCUUUCUUCCAUGUCAGAGCUGGUUGCAUGUGUUCUCCUUCCAGCACCGGUGGCAUGCUGCAGUUAGUGCUGUGGUUUUAAAGCGGUUGUAGCAGAGGCAGUGGCAGGUAUCUGAUUACAGCAAUUGAUUACUGAAGGGAAGAAUAGGUUCUUUUAUAUAAGCUGUCUUCUACCACAGUGCAUCUUACGUACUGGAAGAGACAGCAUUCCUGUUCUUGUGUUCUUGCAUUUUGAACUAAUUGGGUAGGAAGAUCAGUCAGUCCAGAUUCCUCUUCUCUGUCCUAUUUAUUCAUCUGUAUACCUUUAUCAGCUGCCUCCUUCUAAAUGAUUUGGUCUGAAUGAGGAGAUGCAGUACGUCUUUUUUCCUACCAUGGAGUUGUCUGGGCUGCGCUGAAUCACCUGUGUGUGGCCCACACCACUGAACUGCUUUAGGGGCCAGCAGACUUGUAAAACAGCGGGAACAAAGCAACAAAGCAAGAGCAAAGGAGUGUCUGUGUGCAAGUGGGUCUGGCUCUUGUGGUCUCAGCGGGGAAGAGGUAAAGAUCGAAAAAGAGGUGGGAGAAACAAAGGAGAAGAGAGCAAAAAGAGGUGAUGGGAUGAGCUCUCACUGUCAUGAGCAGACACACUUCUGAGUGUGUUCAGUCUUCAUGCUGGUCAGAAAAAGGGAAGUGUGAGUGGCAGGGCUCCAUCACCUCCUCUGCUCUGUCCCACCUCAGGGUUCUACUUAUCCUCUCCAAGUGCAAGUGUGGAGAGUGGAAAGGAGCUUCUGCAGUAGGAACAACUGUGAGGAUUGGAAGAGAAUGCCAAGGCCUUGGGCUCUCUGCGCAGUGAACAAUGAUUUAAAAUGGAAAAGUGGGAGAAUUGUAUUAAUCUCUGAGGUUGUUUCACAAAAGCCAGGAAUGAGCUGGGUUCCCCUCGAAGGGAUACGGCCUUCUCUGCACAGGUGAAUUUGACUGUACUUCUCACUGCAGAGGCAAAACCUCUUGAUCAGCUUCCCGCUCCAUCUUCCUGGGCUCUGGCCACCUGAGAUGUUCAUCCUCUAGCUGGCCAUGUCAGAACCUAAUAGGGUGUUUUUGUAAGAGCAAACCUUGUGGGUCAGCGGGUUUGGGCUGCAGCAGGAAGCUUGAGUUGCUGAACUGUGGCUGAGACUCACUGCAGAGGAUCACAGCCAGCCCUUGGUGCAGGAUGGUGCAUGUCAAGUGAAGCAGCGCAGAGAGCACUUGAAGCAAGAGCAUUUGCAAGCUGUUGCAUUGUGCUGACAGCCAGCCUGGGUGGUGAUGGGUUAAUCCUCUAGUGUCUGUUCCUGCUAUGGAGGUGCCCGCACUCAGAUUUUGUAGAACAUUUCCCUUUGGUGGUGGCAACAGAGAAGAAGCUAGUGUAGGUAGGGCUCCAUUCAGCCUCUGGCAUUCCAGCUACUCACUGCAUAACCUUGCUUACAGCAGGCCUGUGCCACGCGGCGCUUAAAAUAUCAGUAUGUCAGCGCCUUGUCUACACAGGGAACAGUCGUGAGGAAUAGACUCAACUGUUGAAGAAACCGGAUUGGGGAGGUCAGGGAAUUCCUCCUUCACAGAAUCCAAAGUGAUUUAUUUUUUUACCGAGUCCAAUUUUCCCUCCCCUACUUGUCUGACGGCUUUUUGGGCGAAGAGUGACAAGUAAAGGAGGCAUCUUUAUCCCUUGGGCUGGAUUAGUCACGUUCGUCUCUUUUGGAGCAACAUUUCUCAGCAAAGCGGCUUCCGUUUCAGCAGAUCUCUUACAGCCAUUUCUAACAGAACAAACAUCAGUGUCUGCUGAUUAAGGAUUAAUUCAUCUUCUUUUGAAUAAUUUUCCUCCAUUUCUUUUUUCUCCUUUUCAUCAUU